AUGCGUGGCAUGCUUCGGUUGGUUAUAAAAGGAGCAAAACGUGAUUACACUUUUCAGACUAAUGCCGCUACGGGUACUAGCGAUUCAAGCUUGCCUCUGGAGGCAAGAUCCUCUGCGGGAGCUUCAGCGCCCGUUAAUUCUACUUUCAGGAAUGAAGAGGGAAUUGUGCAAGGCGCUGUUUAUCGUGGGACGAGAGAGCUGAGUCAACGGAAGACGAAGGAGGUUGUCCGUGACAUCAAGAGCAACCAGUUAUAUGCUGUACGACGUCCACGGCAGGUGUAUGAGGAAGCUCUAUCGAAGACAGAUGAGCUGUGUGAUGUCUUUGAGAAGAUUUAUAGUCAUCUGCGUACUUCAGAAAACGUGGUGAUGGCCUUUUACGGCGAGGAAUGUAGCCAGCGUCCACAAACCUCUAGGGCCAUCAACACUUUCAAAGAUAGGGAAGUGACGCUCCAGAACAUCCCGAACGACCUGGUCUUCGUAAAUGACCGCACUAGGUUCGUUCAUGUAAUGGAACCACAGCUGCACAUCUAUUACUUUGACAAGACCAUACAGUGCCCCACCGUCUCGAGCGAACACCCAGCAUAUGGCAGCUGCUGGGAAUUCCUAAAUUAUUCAACCAGUGCCUGGUUGUUUGGUCCGUUCGAGGAUCUAUGGUGCAAAUGGAGGAUCACAGACCUCCGCACCACGAAUCUGGCUGAGGCUUUUCAUAAUAAGCUGAACGCCGCCUUCACAGGUGAUCAGCCCGACAUGCGCACGCUACUGGAAAAGCUGCGCACACUUGACGCGACAGCUAUGUGUAAUUUGCGAUGGAAUGAAAGUAACCCUCGCGUCGACAAGAGUAUUCGGAGAAGGGAUCUGGAAAGAAGACAAAGUGUAGAUGAAAGCAUGACAAGAUUUGACGCCGUUUACCGGGCCGGACCGACGGUGGCUCAAAUUGAGAAGUUUUACCGAGAUAUGUCUUGGUUUAUUUCAGGAAAAACCGUUUGA